GUCAGUGUCAGCGACCGUCGAGCAUCCGAGCAUCCGACGUGCUGCCCAUCGCAUCCCUUGCGCUACGAUCCACAUCCACCCGGGAGUUCUGAUAGAUAUGCAGAGCUCAUCAUGAAUCAUGUCUCCGCCUUUAAAGUCGCGAAAUCUCUGCCUCGCAAGACACCCUCCAAGCACCCUGCGAGUCGGCGGUCCAUGACGUCUGCGCUCACACUCCCCCGUCUCCCGGUCCCCGACCUUCACCAGACGCUACAAAAGUAUCUGCAGUCCCUGGACCCUCUUCUGCUAGAGAAUGAGGCUCGGGGUGGUCCCAGCUUCUCUGAAGCCCGCCGCCUACGUGAAACGUGGGCGGAUGAUUUCGAGCGCGGGAUCGGGAAGGUAUGCCAGGAACGCCUAUUAGCACUUGACAGGGCGUCACCCACAAACUGGCUCGACGACAACUUCUGGAUCAAGAAGGCGUACCACGAAUGGCGGGCACCGCUCAUCGUCAACUCGAAUUGGUGGCUGGCAUUUCAUAACGACCCGGCCGUUCCACGGGAGGUUGUGCUGGGACACCGUCCCGCUCUUGGCGCGGUCGGCAUCACGGACUGGCAGGUACGCAGGGCAGCGUGGCUAGUCCGUCGUACGUUGGAGUGGAAAGCCCGGUUAGAGAGACAGGAUGACCAGGCUGGAAUCACUAGAGCGGGUGUAUGGCUCCGAGAUACCGCAGCGAAGAUGUUCAACGUCUCUCGCCUACCCCAAGCGGACUGCGAUACCUUGUCGACCACUCCUUCAUACACCGACCCGGACGCCCACAAGAUCAUUGUCAUGCUCCACGACUGGUUCUACGCUGUCGACGUUCUAGAGGAGGACAAGCGGGUCCUCCAGCCGGCAGAAAUCGAGCGACGCCUGUUGGCCGUCGUUGCUGAUGCCGACGGGCGGCUGAAGCGAGGCGAAAUCGCUCCUGCGGUCGGUGUGCUCACCGCUGACGACCGAGAUCGCUGGACGGAGAAUCUCGGCCAUCUCCUCUCACUAUCGCCUGUGAAUCACGACGUUCUGCGCACCGUCAAUCACUCCCUCUUCGCGCUCAGUCUCGAUCCCUACACCUACGUCCCUCCGUCUUCAACGCCUGCCCAAGCAGGCUCCCCUGUCCCAGAACCGAACACCGUCUCCGAGCUCACUGCGCACCUACACAAUAUCCGCUCCGGGCCGACGCCGCGCCCAGGACAUAACCGGUGGUACGAUAAGGCGUACACGCUCGUCGUCGAGUCGAACACCCGCGCGGGCGCCAUUGGCGAGCACUCGCCCUGCGACGCGCUCGUCCCGAGUAUCGGCGCGGAGUUCGCUGUGGUGGAGAGCGUUGAUGAGGAUGCGUUUCCGCCGCUGUUGCCUGAGGGGCGUAUGCCGAACGUCGAGGCGGUCGGAGGCUGGGAACGUCUGGAGUGGGUGGUAGAUGAGAGAAUCCGGAAGGAGUGUGACGAGGCGGAGAAGCGGGUGAAGAUCAUCGUAGAGGACUCGGACCAGGGCCUUCUGUGGUUCACGGACUACGGUGCUGAGCGGAUCAAGAAUGAAGCUCGGCUGUCCACCGACGCAUACAUACAGAUGGCGAUGCAGCUCGCGUGGUACCGGACGCGCGGAUGCUUCACCGCGACGUAUGAGACCGCGCUAACGCGCCUCUUCAAGAACGGCCGAACGGAGACGAUCCGCACGCUUAGUGCCGACAGCCGCGCCUUCGUCCUCGCCAUGGUCGACCCAAAAAGCACUCCGCAGGCGCGACAAUCGCUUCUGCGCCGCGCGGUACAGACGCAUACGAGCUCGACGCGCCAUGCUGCGACCGGUCGCGGCAUCGACCGCCAUCUGCUCGGUCUGCGACUGAUGCUCGAUGCUUCUGCGCGCGAGCGGCAUGACUUGUUUGACGAUGAGCUCUUCACGCUCAGUCAGACGUGGAAGCUGAGUACGAGUGGGUUGAGUGAGGGACAUCAGUUCCGUGGCACUGGCUUUGGUGCUGCAUAUCCUGAUGGCUAUGGGAUCAACUACCUUGCAGCUCCCAGCACAAUCACAUUUGGCAUAGAAUGCAAGUUCUCCUCACCACUGACCUCAACAGAGGUGUUCAAGGCAGCCAUUAUUGAAGCAUUGGCAGACAUGAAGUCUACAUGCCUUACUGCUAAUGCACAUUUAUAGCCUUAC